GAUUAUUAAAAAAAUGUCAGACCAAAAGCUUUCUUCAGCUAGCACUUCUGAAUUUUCUCAAAACAAACAUUCAUCAUUUCUUCGACGCUGUUCAAUCUCCGAUCCACGUUUGGAUAUUUUACCGGAAAAAGCGUUAAACCCUUUUAACCGUGUGCUUUCUGGACUUUUUGAUGGAAAUUCAGCAUAUUCGAGUAAACGAACCGAUAGUGUAGAAUCAGUGGAACAGGAUCGUCAUCACCAAGGAAAUUCGUUUUCAACUUCGCCAAGAGAUAACCAACAAAUAACUCAACUACAACAUCAUAAAGAAAUUCCGACAAAAAAGACUACAACAUCUUCGACUUCUGCCACACCAAUACUUCGCAAAUCUUCUACAAGUAUAGGCGCUCUUUCUCCAUUACAACACAAUCAUUUCUCAACAAUAUUGGAAAUGGCUGAAGAUCAAGGACUUACAAUGUCGGCACGUCAAACACCAACACAGAGUACUACUUUUGAAAAUAAAAAUGAGAAAAAUAAAAGAGAGUUAGCGACAAUGCGCAGUGCCACUGAAAUGGCCGCUGCUGGAACGCCUCAAAAAUGCAAUGGUGGUGGGUUCAUGCGUAUGUUUGGUAGUGGUGGAUUUCUUUCAAAACCGCUGAUGCACACUGAGGAAGAAAAUUAUCGUUAUAUUAUGGCAUUGGAUCGAUAA